AUGUCUCAUCGAGACACAACACGGGGCCCAGAUAUACAGCGAUACGUGACCGCCACAGGACCAGCCUUUUCAUCCAGCCCGUGGCAGAGUCCGCGGUCCAGAUCCGUGGCACAAGUAUCCGUGAGCUCAACGCCGCCGCCUGUGGACGACGACGAGGACUUGAGUGACUUGGAGCCCAGCUUCAACACCAUGGAAGACAGACGAGCUCCAUCUCGACCGCUCCACCGGCCCACCGAUGGGCGCUCACAGCAGCCCUUGUUGCGUAAAGCUGGUGAUGACGAUGAGGAGCGUGGGAGGCCUGGAUAUCCCACUUCGCCAGAGAUGCAUGAUCGCCCGCCACUGUUUACGAGGCGGUCGACGAUGAGGAGCCGGAGUCCAGACACCCAGGCGCAACUGGCGGCGCGGAAGAAAUACACAUAUGCCGCCUUCUUUCUGGGAGUGAGUCUGGUUAGUUUUGUCAUUCAGACAGAAACGGCCGUCUAUAUCCAAUCGGAGCUGGGAUGGAAUAAGGCGUAUUGCAUGCUAUAUCUGACCCAUGGCUCAUGGUCGCUAUUAUGGCCCUUUCAGCUCCUUGUUCUCCGAAUUCAAAAGUGGAAUAUGCCUUGGUCGACGUUCUGGCGACGACACAUUUAUCUCGUUCGGACCACAGCACAAAUGGUGGAGGCACAGCGUUUAUCCGUAUCUCCCCGACAACACUCUCCAAUCCCAUAUAUGCUACGAAUGACGGCUUUCAUUACCUGUGCACUUACCGUUGCGGGAGGGUCAUGGUAUGUUGCAGUUGAUCUUACCACGGCCUCAGAUCUUACUGCAAUCUACAACUGCUCGGCUUUUUUUGCAUACGCAUUUAGUGUGCCCAUUCUGAAGGAAAAGCUCCGGAUGGGCAAAUCGAUGGCGGUACUUGUUGCCAUCAUAGGUGUAUUAAUCAUCGCCUAUGGAGGUAAGGAGAGUGACGGGGCUGCGGAAGAUGAUGGUGCACCGAAGGGAUCAAAGAACCGAGUCGCAGGAAACAUCAUUAUCGGCAUUGGAAGCGUACUUUAUGGAUUCUAUGAAGUACUAUACAAGAGAUUAGCAUGUCCGCCAGAGGGAACAAGUCCCGGGCGAGGCAUGAUAUUCGCUAAUACCUUUGGCUCGUUGAUCGGCUCGUUCACACUCCUCGUUCUCUGGUUUCCUCUACCUAUUCUACAUGUUUUAGGAUGGGAAGUAUUCGAGCUUCCUAGAGGAAAUACUGCAUGGCUGCUGCUCGUUUCUGUCCUGGCCAACGCUACCUUUUCCGGCAGUUUCCUAGUUUUAAUCAGCCUUACCAGCCCGGUAUUAAGCAGCGUGGCAGCCCUGCUAACGAUCUUCCUCGUAGCUAUCGCUGAUUGGUUCUUGACCGGGAAAGCUCUGUCCUCCGCAUCACUGUUCGGUGGCUUGCUCAUUGUUGCGGCGUUCUUGGUCCUGAGUUGGAGUACAUAUAGAGAGAUGCAAGAGGAGUCGAGGAAACAGGUGGAUUUGAAUGAGUCGGACAGCGACUUGAAUGAAUAG